ACCGUCUCUAACUUUGCCUCGGGUGUGCAGGAGGACUGCGGUUAACCAAUGUUGAACCGGAAUUAUUUGAGACACGGCAGGCUGAGAAAGCAAACCGUCGGCCAUACAUGUAUCGAGUGGCGGCCCCCCCGGAAACGCGUCAGCAUGACUGAGUUUUGCUGUUUUCUCCCUCCGCAUCUUGUUAGCGUGACAGCUUCCUAGUCUCUGCCACCGCACAGUGCUGGACGCAAAUUAUUGCGGCUGCCAACUGGCAAAGUCGUCGCCAUGGGUCUGUCUCUCAGCACCAACAUCGCCAUUGUGUGUGGCGUGUUUACAGCACUGCCCAUCCUUGCGGUGGUUCUCAGGUUCUGGGCGCGUACCGUGAAACAUAGCGGCCUUUCUGCGGAUGACUAUCUGAUCAUUCCCGGCCUGCUCUUUAGCGUGGCACUAAGCGUCAAUAACAUUGUCGCUGUUGCUUUGGGGAAUUUGGGGGGUCACAUACACACAGAUGAUGCUGGCAACAUCGUGUUUGACAACACCUUAACUAUUUUCUUGCAGACCGAAUUCGCGACUCAACUGCUAUCUGUGUUGUCGCUCGUCUUCACGAAGCUCUCAAUCGUCGUCUUUUACCGCCGCAUCUUCAAAGGCAAGAUCUUCUCCAUCGCCAGCACGAUCUUGCUCGGAGCCGUGGCAGCCUGGGGAGUCGCAUUCUUCUUCGCCACUCUUUUCGAAUGCAUGCCCAUCCCCAUGGUAUGGAAGACGCUAUUCGGGACCCCCGAUCAUCAGGCCGUAUGCUACAACUACCUCCCCAUGUUCUGGGCCACGGCCAUUAGCAACAUGAUUAUGGACGUCGCCAUCCUGACUCUUCCGAUGCCGUUUGUUUGGCGUUUAAACAUGCCCCGGCGGCAGAAGAUUGCCGUGAGCGCCAUCUUUCUGCUGGGUGCUUUUGUCGUGGGCAUCAGCAUCGCAAGAAUCCACUUCUUCUUCGUGUCCUCGGACAGCUACGCAAAUGCAAUGGACAUCACCGUGAACAUUGCGCCAACCCUCUACUGGACCGUGAUCGAGGCGGCCAUCGCGGUGGUCAGCGCUUGCUUGCCCACGCUGCGGCCCCUCUUCACGGGCAUCUCGCUGGAGGCGCUGCAGGACUUUGCGAGCAAGUUCUCGCUCCGCAGCGGCACCAAGUCGCCCAGCAGCCUCAGGAGCAACCCGGCAAGCACGGCGGCUGCGAACAACAUGUGGCAGUUGUCGUUCCCCAACCACAGCGCAUCGUCGUCGGCCAAGAUCGUGAACCGGGCCGAGGCGGUGCGCAACCCGAGUUCGGAGGAGGCCCCGUUUGAGCUGCGAGAUCAUGCCGGUGGCAUUGUCGUGUCAAAGGCGGUUCAUCAGGAACGUCAUGAUGCUUAGGUGGUGGGGUUUGCCGGGAACGAUGUAAUCCAACUUGCAGAAGGGUUGUCGUGCCUGGGAUUUGGCAAAAAAUAUUACCGUGCACUUCAAGUAUCUCAGUAAUAGACGGGAUGGAAGCUACAACCGCCUUCUAGUUCUUUUGGCAGUCUUUCCAUCUGCUAGGUACGCAACCGUAACGUCGUGAACUUCGCAGUCGACGCGGGGUUCAGGGGGGAGAUAAAUGCUGAGACGCAGACUCCUCAU